CGCCGAACCCGGCGAAGAGGCGGGCCCGGACGAGCCGGGGGGCUCUCUCCGGCCCCGUUUUGCGGGCCAAGAUGGCGGCCCUUUUGAGAAUAGCGUCUUCUUGUCUCCGCGGGUUGAGUGCCCAUAACGGGCGCCUUUGAGCUCUUGGAACCGGUGAAGGAAGCAGCACCAAUGAAAACCCUCAGCCUCCCAGGAAGAAAAGGGCUCGGGUUGACCCCACUGUUGAAAGCGAGGAAACGUUUAUGAACAGAGUGGAAGUCAAAGUGAAAAUACCAGAAGAGCUGAAACCGUGGCUGGUCGAUGACUGGGACCUGAUCACCCGGCAAAAGCAGUCUGAAGGAUUGUGGACCGGCCCUCUGCUUAAAAAGUUUGGGGACCCCUGCGUUAGAGAAUAUGCUGGGAACGAAGUCGUGGCCGGCAUCAAGGAGUACUUCAACGUCAUGCUGGGCACGCAGCUGCUGUAUAAGUUUGAGCGGCCGCAGUAUGUGGAGAUCUUGGCCGACCACCCCGAUGCGCCCAUGUCCCAGGUGUAUGGCGCGCCCCACCUCCUGCGGCUGUUUGUCCGGAUUGGCGCAAUGCUGGCCUACACACCUCUCGAUGAGAAGAGUUUGGCCCUGCUGUUGAACGACUUACAUGAUUUCCCAAAGUAUCUUGCCAAGAAUCCCUCUGCGUUGUUUAGCACAAGCGACUACGAGGUUGCGCCUCCCGAAUAUCACCGGAAAGCCGUGUAAGCCUCUCUCUGAGAGAUGGGAAAGGGGACUGCUGGGAGCGGGGACCCGUUACCGGAAAAUGGGGGUCCUUGUUUCACUGGGGCCACACAGCUGCCCACUUCCACGUUCCUCCAUGGCCUCCCCUCCUGUGCGGUUGACACGAGGGUCAACGGAUAUUACGUCUUCGGAUGGAACUGAUGCCAAGUAGCCACAGUCAGAACAGACCACGGAAGAGGAGACGGGUUCAAGAUUGGGAGAGGAGUACCGACAUCAGGGCUGCAUCCUCUCAGCCUCCCUAUUCCACUUGUACGCAGAAGACAUUAUGCGACGUAUGUGCGGGGCUUGACGAAUCCAAGGCUGGAGUUAAAAUUGCUGGAAGAAACAUUAUCAACCUUAGGUAUGCAGAUGAUACCACUCUGAUGGAAGCUGAAAGUGAGGAGGAGCCGAGGAGCCUUAUCACCAAGGUGGAAGAAAGAAGACAGCGCAAAAGCCGGCUGCAGUUAAACAUCAAGAAAACUAAGGUGAUGGCAACCAGAUCGAUUGACAACUGGCCAAUAGAGGGUGAAAACGUGGAGGCCGUGAGAGACUUCAUAUUUCUAGGCGUGAAGAUCACUGCAGAUGCAGACUGCAGCCAGGAAAUCAGAAGACGUUUCCUUCUUGGGAGCAACACUCUGAAAAGAGGGGGGGGGCUGUGCAUGUGCACUUACCCAUGGCAAGCCCAGGUGGGCGUGUUGGGAGGGGUCAGGGCAGGGCUAGGAUCCCGGGAGGGCGGGUGCAGGCACGGGAGGCAGUGAUGUUCCUCCUCUGCCGGGCCCCGGAUGUUGCAUGCAGUGGGCCGGGGGGGGGGGGGGCAAGGAGGACGGAGCGCCCCCAACAGAGGACGGAGCACCCCCGCCCCAUAGGGCUGGCAGGCCCCCCUCAGGGUCCGGCCUCCUGAGAAGGGGCUCGAGGGGGCCCUGCUUGGGCAGGCCUCUUCUCCACUGCCUCACGCCCGGGCCCACCCUCACCCAGUCCAGAGAAGAGGCGGGCCUGGACCAGGUGGGGGGGCUCUCUCGGGCCCUGUGGGCCCCACUCUCCGGGCCAAAAUGGCCGCCCUUUGGACUUCCGCGUCUUGCUCGCGGCGAGGGUUCAAUGCCCAUAACAGGCGCCUCGGAGGUCUGUCCGUCCUCUCCAUUGCCUAAGGAAAGGCCAAAUGGGCGGCAGGGGUGGGCGGGGGCCUGGCCGGGAGGGGGAUUGUGACGGGAGGGGGCUUUGGGGACCCUCUGAGGCUGAGAGAGUGUGCCCUGCCCAAGGGGAUUGUGACAGGAGGGGCCUCGGGACCCCAAAGGGGAAGGAGGGGGGUCUGCCUGUUAUGAUCCGGGCAUCAUCCGCACUUGGGAGGCUCAGGGCCUCUCUGGGAGUCAAUACAAAAUUAAUCGAAAACUUCCCGCAUUCAUUGCAAACAAAGGCUGCCCUGUUCUCAGCGGCGGCUGCGUUGCGGGCUACACGCGACCUUUCUUUCACUCGCCAUCUCUGGGUGAGAAAUGGGGGUCCCGGGCAGGGAGGGGGGGGGCUGGCCGCGAGGGGGGGUUGUGAUGGGUAGGGGGCUUUGGGGACCCUCUGAGGCUGAGAGAGAGUGUCAGGGCCGGGCUGGGCACACGAGAGGGCAGCGUCGGAAAGCGGAGCGAGGUGCCAGGUGUUCCGGGUGGACGGGCGCGGAGGAGGGGGGGGGCGAUAUUACCAAGGCAAUAACCAUAUUUCAAUGAAAAUAUAAUUUGAUUGUUUAAAUAAAGAAACCGAAAUGAAGCUUCAA